AUGGAGACCAUAACUCUUGGGGAUAAAAGGAUAGGCAUCAAAACAAGUGUCCUAGAGGAGAAGGCUACAGCUUGUAAUAUGCUAUGCUGCUAUGCCGAUGAGCUAAAGGAAGGUUUCUACCCGUGGAUUGACCAGGUCGCUCCUACAUUAGUUCCGCUUCUGAAAUUCUAUUUCCAUGAGGAAGUCAGGAAAGCUGCAGUUUCAGCUAUGCCGGAGCUGUUACGGUCUGCUAAACUGGCUGUAGAGAAAGGGAUUGCUCAGGGCCGAAAUGAGUCCUACGUCAAGCAGUUAUCCGACUACAUAGUACCAGCUUUGGUGGAGGCUUUGCAUAAGGAACCUGAUACUGAAAUAUGUGCAAGUAUGUUGGAUGCAUUGAAUGAGUGCCUACAGAUAUCUGGACCACUCUUGGAUGAAGGGCAGGUCCGAAGCAUUGUGGAUGAGAUAAAGCAGGCCAUCACGGCCAGUUCAAGUCGAAAGAGAGAACGGGCAGAGAGAGCAAAAGCUGAAGACUUUGAUGCUGAGGAGAGUGAAUUGCUCAGGGAGGAAAAUGAGCAAGAAGAAGAAGUAUUUGACCAAGUUGGUGAAAUAUUGGGUACACUGAUCAAAACAUUCAAGGCAGCUUUCUUGCCCUUCUUUGAUGAGCUCUCAUCAUAUCUAAUGCCUAUGUGGGGCAAGGAUAAAACAGCUGAAGAACGGAGAAUAGCAAUUUGUAUUUUUGAUGAUGUUGCAGAGCAGUGCCAUGAAGCAGCUUUAAAGUAUUAUGAUACAUAUCUUCCUUUCCUUUUGGAAGCAUGCAAUGAUGAGAGCCCGGAUGUCAGACAGGCUGCUGUAUAUGGACUUGGUGUAUGUGCAGAAUAUGGUGGCUCUGUUUUCAAGUCUCUAGUAGGAGAGGCUCUGUCAAGGCUCAAUGUUGUUUUAAGGCAUCCAAAUGCUCUACAUCCUGAGAAUGUAAUGGCAUAUGACAACGCUGUUUCAGCAUUAGGGAAGAUAUGUAAUUUUCAUCGUGACAGCAUUGACUCGGCCCAGGUCAUUCCUGCUUGGUUGAAUUCCCUGCCGAUAAAAGGUGACCUGAUCGAAGCCAAGGUUGUUCACGACCAACUUUGUUCAAUGGUUGAAAGGUCAGACAGAGAGCUUCUGGGUGCCAACAACGAGUACCUCCCAAAAAUUGUUUCAGUUUUUGCUGAGGUUCUAUGUGCCGGUAAGGAUCUGGCGACAGAGCAGACUGGUAGUAGGAUGAUUACUCUGUUGAGGCAGCUUCAGCAAACACUACCACCAGCCACCCUGGCUUCAAUAUGGUCAUCCUUGCAGCCUCAACAGCAGGUAGCACUGCAAUCAAUGCUAUCGUCAUAAUGCUGUGGAAGCUAACAAGCUUUUCUCCAAUACGAUGAAGCUGCCGGACCUGUAGCUACGUGUGAAUCAAAUAUUUGAUACUCCAUUCUUUCUCAUUAAUGUCAUUCAUUUGGGCUUGAGUCUGUGCCGACUUGCUGUUGGUUUGGCAAAGUAUGCGAGCAAAGGUGGAAACCUUUUUGUUUUGUCUGUAGAAUGUGUAUAUUAAAAAUUUUGCGGUUGAGUCUUGCUUCAGUAAGGAAAGGAGCAUUAAUGGACAUGGUUUGCGAGAGGUUUUAUUGGUCAAGUGUGUAAGGUUCAAGGGCUGUCAGGGAGACUGUUCUUGUCACAGUUUUGGUCCUGUCAUCUUCUUGUUUUCAUUAUACAUUUUGAUAUUUAUGAAAGAGUACAUUAUAAAUGGUGAUUCAUUUGUUGCUUUGGUUGUGAUUA